AUGAAAAGUCUUGAUAGCUUUCUAAUAAUAUCAUCACUAAUAUUCAUCAACCUACUACAAAUAGGCCAAUGCUACCCUAUUGGUCUUUCAUUAUUAGAAAGAGGACAACAAGAAAACAAUUACUAUGCCCCGGUAACGUCAGGGCAGGUCACAAUUUCAGUAGCAACAACUUCUAUAAAUCCCACACUUUUAGCCACUAAUACAUUCACAAGCGUACCAUAUACAUCUAACUACACCAAUGGUACCACUGAUGGCUCAGAUGGCAUUCAAAAUAAAGGGUUUUUCAGCGUCAUUGGGAAAUUUUUCAAAUCGUUAUUUCAUAUUGGGGAGUCAGCAACCACAAAAGCUCUAAAGAAAGCAUUACCAAUCUUGGAAAAAGCCAAAGCCGCCAAAGCUUUGCUCCCGGCACAAAAGUUUUAUACUCUGUUGAGUACCGAGCAGAAAUCCACAUACUUGAAGUUGGGGCAAAGUGAAAUUUCUAAGAGCAAGCUGGCAUUUCAAAGUCUAAAGGAUGCGGCUGGCGCGGCCGGCACAGCUUACAAUGUGGUUUCCUUCACCACAUCUUUGGCUUCGUCGAGCCAGGAUUGA